AUGGCAGACCUGCUUGUGGACGCUUCCAAAGGGGUGAUGCUACCUCUGCUGUCCAAGCUCUCCAAGCUUCUAGAAGAAGAAUAUGUCAAGCUCAAAGGUUUGCGCAAGCAGAUACUGUUCUUGAAAGAUGAAUUGAGCGCCAUGAGUGCUGCGCUCCAGAUGCUCACCGAUGCAGAGAAGCUCAACCCUCAGAUGGAAGAAUGGAGAAACAAGGUUCGCGAGCUAGCCUAUGAUAUUGAAGAUUGCGUGGAUGCCUUCAUGAGCCGUGUUAACCAUGAUCGACACAGCAGCAGCUUCAAGGAAUUCUUUCACAAGCUGAAGAAACUGAAAGCACGCCAUGAGAUUGCCGAUGAGAUUGAAGAGCUCAAGAAGCGUGCAACAGAGGCAAGCGAGAGGUACAAGAGGUAUAAUUUUGUCAUGCUGGCAUCCAUAUCUGGCACUUCUUUUGUUGAUCCUCGGCUACCAGCGAUCUAUGAAGAGAUAGAUAGGCUUGUGGGCAUAGAUGGACCAAAGAAGCAUAUCAUUGAACGUUUAUCCUUGAGCACAAGGGGUUCUAUUUCAAGGCUGAAAGUGCUGUCGAUUGUGGGUUGUGGGGGUCUUGGUAAGACAACGAUUGCAAACCAAGUCUAUCACAAUAUCAAAAGCCAGUUUUCAUGUGCAGCUUUUGUGUCGGUUUCUCGAAGUCCUAAUAUGAGAAAGAUUCUAAGUGAUAUAGCCAAAGGAGUACAUAUAACUGAUAAUCCACUGGAUGACGAUGAGCAGCAGCUCAUUAACAAACUCAGAGAGCACCUCCAUGAUAAAAGUAACAAAUUCAGUAAGUAA